CUGACGGUUGCGCGCGCAACCAACGAAGUGGGACUCCUUAAAUCAGUGUUACCGUGUAUCAGUGACCGUGCUGAGAACCGUGCUGUGUUUUAAACAAUGUGCUUCCGGACGUUCGUGAGUAUAAAACGCGCCAGGCUCAAGGAUUUCGCGGCUCUGCCCGAGUGAUCAUAUCAUCGCGGUACUCGUGUGACUCAAUAUAGAGUGAAUUAACAUAAAUAAUUCUAAUGCGUUAAGGACAUUAAAGGGUCCGAUUAGCUUGAGAAUGAGCGGAAACCUUUGGCCACAAGACACGAGGAACAGAAAGAUAACCUGCGUAAGGCAAGGGAUGAGGAGGCAAAAUCUUAUGGGCAAUAAACGAUCUGGAGAGGAACCGAGCACAUCAAACUUCUCGGGGGUCAAAUACAACAAAAAAACAAAUGUCACCAGUCAAACGUCUUUUAUCAUCCACAGGGCAGAAGAGAGGCAGCAUCGGGCGGAUUAUAUAAAUUUUAAUAUCUCGAAGAUAAUCAGAAUAGCCAUCGCUCCGGUGAGCUAUCCUGACAAACGACUGAAGGCACAAGAGAUCGAUCGCAUAAAGGAUGUAGUGCUGACCCGUAUCCUUUGCCUGGCCGAGGGCACAAAGCCUCCGAUCUUUCAGAAAACCUAUGAAAGAGACGGUGUAAUUAUUUUCGACUGCAUGGAUAAUCAGACUAGCGCGUGGCUGAAGAGCCUAAUGUCCGAAAUCACAUUUCAUGAUGGAACUGGUCUGCGUCUGCUGCGAAUGAACGAGCUACCCAAGCGAAAUCAAGUCGUGCGUUUCGGCGUUGAGAAGAUAACCAUCAAGGAUGCUCUGCAGUUCCUCAGCAUACAAAACCCGGGACUUAGCGGCGAAGACUGGAAGUUCGUGGGCUGCACAACAUUUAUCCAGCCCUGCGUCACCUUCAUUGCCCUAAUAAAGAGUAGGAACCUGAGGAUCUUAAGAGAUGUCGGUUUUAAACCCUACUGCGGUCUCAGCCGAUUGCACAUAACACCGAAUUGCAGCUACAUCUGCUGCAGUGAAGGAAUGGCGAAGGAGUUUUGGACUAUGAAUUUGACGUAGCAUAUGACUAAUUUACAUCUAAUCUACUCCGGAGUUCCGCAGGGCAACGUGCUUGGACCACUACUGUACUUACUAUACACAGCUGACCUGUUCACCAUCAAAGAUGUCGUCACUGCUACCUUUGCUCACGAUACAGCCAUAUUAGCCGCGCAUGAAGAUCCUACAAUAGCAUUCGGACGAGCGCAAGUCGAGUUAAACGCCAUUCAGAAGUGGACUGGAACAUAGCGCAUCAAAAUCAACGAGAAGAAAUCCACCAACACAACCUUCACUACACGUAAGGAAACAUGUCCACCAGUGUUCUUUAAUGGUUUUCAAUUAUCCUAGGCAGAAGAGGUCAAGUACCUGGGCAUGCAUCUGGAUAGACGUUUGACGUGGAGGAAACACAUUUUCAUCAAAAGGAAACAGCUGGGAUUACAGUUUCGGAAAACUGUCAUCCUUCGGAUGAUCGGACACAGCUCUUAAUGGCAAAUAAAAUCCAUCAUAAAACCCAUAUGGACUUAUGGAAUUCAGCUAUGGGACACUGCAUCAAACUCGGACAUUGGGAUCUUGCAAAGAAUCUAAAUUAUUACGCUCACUGGUCAACGCUCCAUGACGUUCGUCACCAACGACGCUUUACACAAGGAUCUCUCCACAUUAACUGUCAGAGAAGAAAUAAGAAGACAUAGUUUAAACUACAGCAAUUGUAUAGAAAAUCAUCCGAAUGCUCUUGCAGGAAUCUCUUGAAAGAAACUUGAAAGAAACUAAAGUUGCUCGCGUAUUUAAAAGACGAUUUUCUUAGGAUCUAAUCAAAUGAUCCUACAUGUUAUUUAGGAGAGUACUGUGGAAUACUCAUUCUACAUACCGUUCUUUUCAAUAACCUAUUGUUGAAUGUCUCUCGAGAAGAUGGACUGUGUGUUACUUACUAUUGUAAGGCAAAAAAG